CGUCGAACGGGACUGUUUGUUCUGGAUUUGGGGCGAGGAAGGUCUGCGAGCGCUGACACCCGACUGAAGAAGGCGUGACGCUCGGCUCUCUGUCCCUGUGUUGUGGUUUCUUUGGCCCCACAGCGUGUCACUGGCAGACAUCCCGAGUUACCUCAGGAAAUUGUCGCCUCACCACCUGAGAUAUGAUCACACAAUUGGAUUAGACCACAGCUGCAAGGCAACAAACAUAGAGUCGCGUGAGGAGUGUAAUGGCCUGAGGGGGGUCCCCCCGGUCCCACCUGCCCCUGCCAGGUCCAAUCUGCCUAAACUGUCUGCUCAGCCACUGCAACCCACCACAGCGAUGGGAGACGGACUGGAGGCAGGCAGCAGCCAGAACCCUCCCUCCGCCCCACCACCUCUCCCCUUCAACCCUCCACCCCCUGAAACAUGGAACCCCUCCAGACCCAAGCGACAGACCAACCAGCUACAGUACCUGCUUAAAGUGGUGUUGAAGACAUUAUGGAAACACAACUUUGCAUGGCCCUUCCAAGCUCCUGUAGAUGCCAUCAAACUGAAUUUGCCUGACUACUACAAGAUCAUAAAGAUUCCUAUGGACAUGGGCACGAUAAAGAAACGCCUGGAGAACAACUACUACUGGAAUGCCCAGGAGUGUAUACAAGACUUCAACACAAUGUUCACAAACUGCUACAUCUACAACAAGCCUGGGGAUGAUAUUGUCCUAAUGGCAGAGGCCUUGGAAAAGCUCUUUCUCCAGAAGAUUACAGAGAUGCCGCAGGAGGAGACGGAGAUUGCUGUGGUUUCCAAGGGACGCAGAGGGGGCCGGAGGGACUCGGGUAUGAUCACAAAGUCAGAUUCAGGCCAGGACUCCUCCUCCCCCUCCACCACCCCACAUACACGAGGCUUUUCGUCCCCUUCAAGCACCCCACACACCAGAGGUGCGCCCGCCCCUCCAAUUCCCCCUGCCCUAGCCCAGCCCCUGGUCCAGCCACUGGUCCAGCCCCUGGUCCAGCCCCUGGUCCAGCCACUGGUCCAGCCACUGGUCCAGCCCCUGGUCCAGCCACUGGUCCAGCCACUGGUCCAGCCCCUGGUCCAGCCUCUGGUCCAGCCUCUGGUUCAGCCUCUGGUCCAGCCUCUGGUUCAGCCCCUGGUCCAGCCUCUGGUCCAGCCUCAGCCCCCUCGUGUGCCUCCUACACCCACCAAUCAUGCAUCCCAUCUGGGACACCAAUUCCCCCUCUCAACUCCAGACGUCCUGGCCCAAGGCAUGACCUCUGUUCCCCCUCCAGCUGUGACACACCCAGGCCUCCAUCCAGCCCCCAUGCUGCAGAGCUCUCCUGCCCUCAUCAAGCAAAGGAAAAGCCAGAAGAGGAAAGCUGAUACCACAACACCCACAGCCAACGACCAGCUCAGUGAAUCAUCUCCAGUCUCUGCAGAGACUCGGCCACGCCGAGAGAGCAGUCGCCCAUCAAAGCAACCCAAAAGAGAGGCAUCACAGCCGGACUCUCAGCAUCACCUGGGAGGAGGUCUGGAGACGGGCGGGACAGUUACACCGAAACGUCAGGAGCAGCUGCGUUCCUGUGCACGCCUCGUCAGAGAGAUGCUGUCUAAGAAACAUGUAUCAUAUGCCUGGCCUUUUUACAAACCUGUUGAUGUAAGAGCUCUUGGCCUCCAUGACUACCAUGACAUCAUCAAGCACCCCAUGGAUCUCAGCACCAUCAAGAAAAAACUAGACAACAGAGGGUACAGAGACGCCCAAGAAUUUGCUGCAGACGUCAGGUUGAUGUUCUCCAACUGUUACAAGUACAAUCCUCCAGACCAUGAUGUGGUCGCCAUGGCACGCAAACUACAGGACGUGUUUGAGAUGCGUUUCGCCAAAAUGCCUGAUGAGCCAGAGGAGCCUGCCCCUGUUCCCACCCCAUCGUCGGCCCUCCACCCUGCCCCCUCCACUCGACAAGCCCCGCCUCCUUCUGCUGUCUCGGAAGACGACAGCUCUAGUUCCUCCGAAUCGGAGUCCUCAGGAGGAGACUCAGAACACGAAAGGCAACAGCGAUUGGCUGAGUUACAGGAACAGCUUAAAGCUGUCCACGAGCAGCUUGCAGCACUCUCCCAACCGCAGGCCAGCAAGCCCAAGAAGAAAGAGAGAGAGAAGAAGGAGAAGAAGAAAGAAAAGCACAAGAAAAAGAUGGGGGCAGAGGAACCUGUGGAGACCCCUCCCCUUGCGAUGCUUCCGACCACGAAGAAGAACAAGAGCAGCAAGGAACCUAUCACCGUGAAGAAGGAGAAGAAAAAGCCCGGUAAGAAAGAAGGAAUUAAAAACAGCCGCCCAGCUGUUCCCCCUCAGCCCGGGCCAACCCCUCUUGUCCCCUCAGCCUCUCUAGAAGCAGAGGAUGACAUAGAUAUAUUCGGAGGCGUGUCCACUGACAGAUGCAAGCCGAUGUCAUACGAGGAGAAGCGCCAGCUGAGCCUGGAUAUCAACAAGCUACCCGGUGAAAAACUGGGCCGAGUCGUGCACAUAAUCCAAACGCGUGAGCCUUCGCUAAAGAACUCCAACCCAGACGAGAUUGAGAUUGACUUUGAGACGCUGAAGCCCUCGACGCUGAGAGAGUUGGAGAAGUACGUGUCCAGCUGCCUCCGGAAGAAGAAAAAACCAUCAGCAGCAGAGAAGCCUCUGGAAAUGGCCAAUGUGACAAAGAUGAAGACGGGAUCCUCAUCUUCAGGCAGCAGUGAUUCCUCUGAUAGUGAAGACUCUGAGAAUGGGCUGGUUCCCAAGCAGAAGAAGACCUCAACUAACAAGGACACCAAGAGACCGCACCACCAGUCCCUCAGCGGAGUGGGCCCCAUCGCUCCUCAGCCUCAGACUCAGCCUCAGGUGGUUCAAUGCAAACCACCACCAUUUGUCCCCCCUCCCUCUGUCCCUGUCCCUGCUCUGGACUCGUCCCAGUUGUUGACACCAGGAUUCAAUCCUCUGGCCCACUUCAUGAACCCUCACCUGACUCAGUCGAACACAGAGUCCAAUGCAACCAUUACUACUGCUGGUGCCCCCAUCGCCUCUGGCCUCCUCAAUGCAAACGCCCCCACCAGCCAGACGCCCAGUGAGACGCACCCCUUCCUCAACCAACAUCCCAUCAUACCUUCUCCAGCGAUCCACAACGCUCUUCCCCAGCAGCCAUCGAGACCUAGCAACCGUGCAGCACCGCUUCCGCCCAAACCCCCACAGCCUCCCCCAUCCUCGCUCCCCUCCCUGCCUCCGUCAUCCUCACCUCAGCUCCAGCCCUCCCUUCCCCUCACCCUUCCCCAGCCCGUCCACCGCCCUCGCGUCCCCUCGCCGACAUCGCACGGCAUCCUGGGUACCCUCUCGGCGCAGCCUCCCCAAGCCCUGCUGGAGGACGACGAAGAGCCAACGCCCACCAGUUCUGACACCCCGCCGCUCAGCCAGGUCCACACCCUCCUGCAGUCGCUUCAGCCCAGACCCACCCCGCAGACGCAGCCGCUGCACACGCAUUCACCCGUGCAGGUGGCCUCCCAGCUGGCAUCAUCGAUGCACACGCAGGUCAUGACGACAGCCGCCCCGGCGCUGACGCAGAGACACAGCUCAGGCCACGCGCACAUGCAGCAGCCGUUCCCACAUACGCACACGUCGACGUCGCAGCAACAAAAAGGGGGGGUCCUGCAACAGAAGGUACAACAGUUGCAGCAGCAUCAACAACAGCCAUCACCACGAAGCAAAGCAGAGCCUUUCUCAACAGGUUGCCUGCGAGACAGCCCCUCUCCUCUGAUGAUGCAUUCUCCUCAGAUGCCUCAGUUCCAUACAAUGGGACAGCAGUCACCCUCACAGACCAAGAAGCAUGACCAGAGGUCCAACCUGGUGGGGGUCAAAGAAGAGAAGCCUUCUCAGUCACCAGUACUGCCCCCUUCACCCUUCAGCCCUGUCAUUCGUCAAGACACACACAAACCCGACAACAAACACAGAUUAGAUCUGAAGCCAGUGGAUGGUUCUCGCCCAAUUUCUCGCCUCCCAGACUCCCCAGCACCACCAUGCUCCCAGCAGGAUAACAACAACAUCAAGCAAGAACCCAAAACUCCCAUCGCUCCUAAGAAGACACAGGACGUGAAGGUAAAGAACAGGGUUUCUUGGGCCAUCCUGGCUCAGAGGUCCCAGUCCACACCGGCCUCCUCGGUGCGCUCUUCCAGCGACAGCUUCGAACAGUUCAGACGGGCGGCCAGAGAGAAGGAGGAGAGAGAGAGGCAGCUGAAAGCACAGGCAGAGCAGGCCAGGAGAGAGCAAGAGAAACUACGCCGUGACGAUGAGGACACGAUGGAGCAGGCUCGCCGAGCGCAAGAAGACGCCCGCCGCCGCCAGGAGCAACAGUCGCCGCUCGCUCCGACACCUCCAGCUUCGACUCCGCCCACUCACUCUCCACAGGCCCCGCCUCCACAGCCACAAGCCCCGCCCACACCCAGCUCAGCUGCGCAGAACGCUCUCGACCAGCAGAGGGAGAUGGCACGCCGCCGCGAGCAGGAGCGGCGGAGGAGAGAGGCGAUGGCCGACACCAUUGACAUCAAUUUCCAGAGCGACCUGAUGGCAAUUUUUGAAGAGAAUCUGUUCUGAGAGGAAAAAGAGGUUUAAUGGCGUGAGAGAAGGACACACAUAAGCAAAUUAUGAAAUGCAUAUAAAUAACAGUGCUCUGAUUCACACGGUCGCCGCUCACACACACACACACACACACACACACACACACACACACAGACUUACUAGUAACUGUCCCUUUCUCUCAGUAGUUGAAACAGCUGGCUUGUGUCAUGUGAAUGAGAGAGGGGGGGAAGUGAAAAUGAAACCCUCUUUUCCUCCAGCCUCAGAUACAUUUUGGUGUCUGGCUCGGUCGAAGACAGACACAUAGUCGGCUUCCUCGAGGAAACGGAAAAAAAAAAGGAGGAGACAGAACUUUUACAUAAAAAAAUAAAUAAUAAUGGAGAACAGGAUUUAAUUUAAGAAAUUAAGUGAAAAAGAAAAAAAAGCUCGAUCCCUCGUGUGCUAUAAGAGAGACGGGGGUUUAAAAGGAAUGGGUGAACAAACAGCAAACGGACAGAUCACUUUGCUUUUAUUCUUCCUCUCUCCUAACCUUGUCUCUCUAUUAUUUUAUUCUAAGUUGGAUUUUAACUGAGAGGCUUGGACUGGGGUGGUCGAGUUUGUCAGGUUCAGCCGUCAUCUGAGAGUCUGUCGUUUUCUCAGGACACAGUGGGAACGAAACACCCUGGCCACAUUCGCACACUUUUCUAAGACCUCCUUCCUCCCCUCACUUCCUUCUACGUCUCGCUCUUCAGUCACGAAUCAAAGAGGUGGAGGCUCCAGCCUGUGUUCUACAUCCGAGGGCAGUGAGGAAGGAGUGAUGGCAUUUUAAAAGUUUCGGAGUGUGUCCUUUGCCUUAGCGCUCUGGCCUGUAAACUAAUGAUCACACCCUGCAAAUUAUACAUAUUAUAUAUAAAUAGAUACAUGAAUAUAUAUUAUAUACGACAAAAUGUCAAUGAAAAAGAACAUGAGAGGGAUUUGGAUUGUGGGGAGCAAAGCUCGUCUCUGUGUUGAUCUCUGGUUUUGAUUUUGUAGAAUUUACUGUAAAGAAGAAGAAAACUUUUUUAUGAUUCUAUUGAGAGGAUUGUUUCGUCUGUCUUAUUCUCUCUCACACCUUUUCUGUUUCUGUUUUGUUUUUUUUUUUCUCAACUCUAUGCCAAAACCAAUCUAUUGAGUGCUGCAAGUUCAUUCACAUUUUUUACAUGUAAAAUGCAUCUUCUUUUCACUUUAUAUUAAAGGCUGUUUUUAUUGCUAUUUAAUUUUCCUUUAUCCCCUUUUAAAUCCGAAGUUAUGCAGCAGUUUGCUCUGUAAUAGUUUCAAGAAGCGGUUUCAAAAAUCAGUUUAUGUGACUACUUUACUAGGCCCCAUCAUUCUGUAGUUGUUUGAUAAAUCUGCACUUACAUGUCAAUUACUUACAUCUUCAUUUUGUCAUUAUUUCUUUUCAUCAUGUACAUGUUUUUAGCCAGUCGUAGCCGUCUCGUCUACCACUAUCUUCUUCACAGCUUCUGCAGUCUGUAUAAUAGGUUCUCGUUUCUGAAUCUGUCUUUUAGUUUUUAUUUUUUGAACUGUUUUCAUCGUCCAAGGUAACAGUUUUGGGAUGUCGUGUGCCAUUGUGUUUUACUGGAAACGGGAGCCUUUCCCAGUUUCUACAGCUUGGCCCAGAGAUCCAUGAGUGUUUUCAAUUCUAUAAUCACUUUUUUUUUUUUUUUUUUUUUAAACGUUUCAUUCAUUUCUUUUCUCUUUUCAUAUUUGAUUGUUUUGAGUUUAUUUUCUUUCCUUUUUCCCUUUGCUAUUUUUCUUUGAUUAUUUUACCCAGAACAAUGUGUUGGUAUGUUGGUGAGUGAGGCAUUGAGGUCAAUAGAUUCAUCUUGUUCAGAAAUGGAGUACAACAUCUUUUUUUAAGAAAAGUAUUAAAAUAAUAUUUAAAAAAA